UAAUUUCACCAUAGGAUUCACCAUAGACCAUAGCCAUGAACAAGUUUCAAAGUUACCAAAUUGUGAAGCUAUCAUUCAUUGCUGUCCUCCUUCUAAUCACUCCUCUUUUAUCAAAUUCCAUGAGACCUCCUUAUAUCUAUUUCCUCACCAAUCUCCUUAUCAUAGCAUUAGGUGCAGAAGCUGGCCUUCUUCCUGCCAUCUCUAACCAUGGAGAAGACAAGAAACCUUCUGUAGUCAUUGCACCAAAGCCUAUUGUUGUGGCUGAUGAAAUCAACAUUAACACCAACACCACCACUAUUGGUCGCCAUGAAUCACCAGAGUGUAUUAGACAGAAGCUUAAGGCAGUUGAGAAUUCGGUAUCUGAGAAAAUUGUUAGAGUUGUUAAGGUGAAUCAGGUGAAGAAGUGUCCCUCCAUGCCAAGUAUAUUCUUCAUAGGAGGUAGUGACCCUGAACCAGAACAUAUUAAAGAAGAUGAUGAGGAGGAAGAGGAGGUAGGUGGUCUUAGUGGGCAGGAGCUAUUCACAAAGGCAGAGACAUUCAUUGGGAACUUCUAUAAGCAAUUGAAGAUACAGAGAGAAGAUUCAUGGAAUCGGAUUCAUGGGUUCUAUCAGAAGGCCUUUUAAGUAGGCCUUUGUUU